AUGUCAGACGCCGGCCAGGGUGUCGCUGCCUCCCCACGCGAUCAAGUGCGAAAAAAGAUUAGCGAACUAAUACCAUCGCUAGAAGGACUAGUCUCAGAUCUCAGAGUCGACUACGGCGGAGGCCACGGCGCCAUGGACGACUUCAACAGCGAAACCGACAGCGACUAUACCAGCUACUGGCGGGACUGGUUCAUAUCCUCAAGAGGAAACGAAUACUUCUGCGAGAUCGACGAAGAGUACCUUACCGACCGCUUCAACCUUACGGGCCUGAACACCGAAGUGCAGUAUUAUCAAUAUGCCCUCGACCUUGUCACGGACGUCUUCGACUUUGACUGCGAUGAUGAUAUGCGGGAGCAAAUAGAGAAGUCUGCGCGGCAUCUAUACGGUCUUGUGCACGCUCGAUACAUUGUCACGACUAGAGGACUGGCCAAGAUGCUCGAGAAGUUCAAGAAGUCCGACUUCGGCAAGUGUCCCCGCGUAAUGUGCGAGUCCCAACCGCUCUUGCCCAUGGGCCAGUCCGACGUUGCCAACUCCUCCCCUGUAAAGCUCUACUGUGCCCGCUGCGAAGACCUCUACAACCCCAAGUCCUCACGCCAUGCCAUCAUCGACGGCGCAUACUUCGGCACUUCCUUCCACAACAUCCUAUUCCAGGUAUACCCCAACAUGUUGCCACCGAAGAGCCAGCGCAGGUACGAGCCCAAGGUGUUCGGCUUCAAGGUGCAUGCUGCCGCUGCGCGAUGGCAGGCUGACGAGCGGGAGAUGCUGAAGGACAGGCUGAGGGGCGCGAGAAUUGAGAGCGGAUUUGAAGAGGAGGAUGACGACGCCGAAGAAGAAGAGGAGGACGAAGAGAUGGAGGGUGACGGCUUUGAGGGCGCGGCGGUGCAGCAGUAA